CACUUCCCUCACUUCUUUUACCAGACUACACUCACAAGCUCUCUUCUCCAUUCAAUGGCGGCCAUUACCGGAUUCUCCGCUCUCUCCAGCUCUAUCUCUCCUCCUCCAUCACUUCCGGCGUCGCCUUUACUCAAUUCCCCUCCGUGUCUCUCCAGAUUCCCAAAUGUAUCUCCUUUUCCCGCGCUCUCUACCUCUCUCCGGAGAAGGAUUCCGUUGACUCCGGCGUGUUCUUCGAUUGGCGACGGAGAUGAAUCUGUUGAAGAAGCAAGAGGUGAUGAUGAGAUUAGAGAGACUUUGAUGUUAUCAGUCUCUCCUUUGCCUCUCCUCCUUGUUGCUUCUCUCCCUGGAGCUGCAACUGUUAGAUCUGUCAUUGGACCCUUUGUGGAGAUUGUUAAAUCCUUGAAUCUACCUGAAUGGCUUGUUCAUUGGGGCCAUCCAGGGAACAUGGCAGUGGUUCUUUUUGCUAUGGGUGGCUAUGGAACAUACCUAGGCUUCCGGAUUCGUUAUUCAGAUGACAUUGAAGAGAAGGCAAAUGCAAAAGACCUGCACCCGAAGCUUCUAGCCGGAAUGUUUUUCUUUUUCGCCCUUGGAGCAACUGGUGGUAUCACAUCCCUUCUUACCUCCGACAAACCCAUCUUCGAAAGCCCGCACGCUGUUACAGGAUCUAUAGGUCUUGCACUCUUGACGAUUCAAACAAUCUUACCAACUUUGUUCAAGGACAAACCAGAUCUGAGGAACGUGCAUGCGAUCCUUGGGAGCGGGAUAAUGGCUCUUUUCCUCAUCCAUGGUGCUCUCGGCCUUCAGCUCGGUCUCAGUUACUGACCUAUUCUUUACUAACUUCUUCUCAUGUCUUUGUGUUCUUCUUCAGCUGCAACCACAACCAUUUUUCUCUACUUUGUUUUUUCUUUCUUUCUUUUAUUCAAUUAUACAUAGAACGCCUUAAAAUCUAAUAUAGAAAAGAAUCAAAGAUGAUAUAUUUAGAGGCAAAAAGCUUGUAAAAUAAUGUCAAAUCUAUGUGUAUUGUUUAAGAAUUUCGAUUAUGGGGUUUUUCACUCAUAUUUGAAUAUUUU